AUGAGCCAAAAUCUUACCCUUCAAUCGACAACCGACGAGCGCAGCGGCGUGGUCCAUGCAGACGCAGAACGCGAGGGCGAGACGCUGCUCGACACACCCGGCACCGCGUUCGAAUGCGAGACGGAGCGCGACGCCGCGGGCGACAUAGAAAGCGCGCCUCUAUAUCCGAAUCCUGGUCUGCUGGCAGGAGAACGCGAGAACGCGCGUCCGCUCUCCAAGGCCGACCCGCUCGAGCUGACGGGCGGGAAUUGGUCCUAGUCCGAUCCGGUUGCUGGGGGUGUCGAUGCAUCUGAGCCCGACUCAGAGUACAAGUUGGAAUUGUUGGACGCGGAAGCAAAGCCGCCGAGGGCAGCCAAGCUCGCGCUGGAGCCUGCCUCGGACUCGGCAACAGGCGGGGUGGACCUCCCUACUCCUCGGAGC